CGGGCUGGAAGGUUCCGCGGCGGGUGGGCGGGGGAACGAGCGCGUCUGGGCCGCUGCCGUGCCGCCAUGGACUCGCGCAAGCUGAGUGAGCUGCGGGCCUUCGUCCGGCUGUGCAAGCAGAACCCUGGCCUGCUGCACACCCCGGAGCUCGCCUUCCUCCGCGAGUGGGUGGAGAGUAUGGGAGGCACAAUACCACCUGCUCCAGCCGAUGCCUCCACAGAGGAGACAAGUAAGGGCAAAGCAGAGGAGCACCCUGAGGAGCCCGUUAAACCACCUGAACCAGAAAGUGAAGAGAGCGACUUAGAAAUUGAUAAUGAGGGAGUGAUUGAACCAGACAACGAUGACCCUCAAGAAAUGGGAGAUGAAAAUGUGGAGGUAACUGAAGAGAUGGUGGAUCAAGCUAAUGAAAAGAAGAUGGAAGCAAUAAAUGCUCUCAGUGAAGGGGACCUUCAGAAGGCUGUUGACUUGUUCACAGAUGCUAUCAAGCUGAAUCCUUGUUUGGCCAUCUUGUAUGCCAAGAGGGCAAGUGUUUUUGUGAAACUACAGAAGCCAAAUGCUGCCAUUAGAGAUUGUGACAGAGCCAUCAAGAUUAAUCCUGACUCGGCACAGACCUAUAAAUGGAGGGGGAAAGCACAUAGACUUCUUGGUCACUGGGAGGAGGCUGCUCAUGAUCUUGCAUUAGCUUGUAAACUGGAUUAUGAUGAAGAUGCAAGUGCCAUGCUGAAGGAGGUGCAGCCAAGAGCUCAGAAAAUUGCAGAACAUCGACGGAAGUAUGAGCGGAAGCGUGAAGAAAAGGAAAUCAGGGAAAGAAUGGAAAGAGUGAAGAAGGCACGGGAGGAGCAUGAGAAAGCACAAAGGGAGGAAGAAGCAAGACGACAGGCAGGAGGAGCUCAGUUUGGUGGCUUCCCAGGUGGCUUCCCAGGUGGCUUUCCUGGGGCUGCAGGCAUGCCAGGGAUGGCAGGUGUGCCAGGUCUCAACGAUAUCCUCAGUGAUCCAGAAGUUCUUGCAGCCAUGCAGGAUCCAGAAGUUAUGGUUGCAUUCCAAGAGGUUGCCCAGAAUCCAGCAAAUAUGUCCAAGUACCAGAGCAAUCCCAAGGUCAUGAAUCUCAUCAGUAAAUUGUCUGCCAAAUUUGGCAGUAAACCAUAAAAUCCCUGGUUCUUAAAAAUCAUACCUGAAUGGCAAGGAUUGGAUUUGGCUAACCAGUGUCGCAAUAAAAUAAACCAUUUUACCUCUGAUUUUCUUCAGAAGAGAAAUGGGGUGUUCUAAGGAGAAUUGCUCUCUAGCCCCAGGUAUUGACUUUAUUCAAUUAUUGGUUUCUAGAACUCAAAUUAUAUUCAGAUGACCUAGUUUUCAACCAUCCCUUCUUGUCCAACAGUUGCAGCCUUUCAUUGUAAGUGUUACAGACAGUUUUCUCUGAAUUAAUGUUCUUAUAACAAAUUGUAGUAUUCCAGGAGUAUAAGAUAAAAACAUGCAAUUUUUUUUUAUUAUUGCUCUCACUGAGCAAAUGGAAAAGAACUUUAAAAACUGAAGUCUGUCUUAAUCCCCUUAGGACAGAAAAAUAGCAAAGGUGGGACAAGUCUGAAGAGUUAACUGGAUAAAGGAAUUGUCCGCAAAUACAACUUUUUUUUUUUAAUGGGUGAUAGACUUUUUAAAGCUAUUAUCAGUAUAAUCAGGCUAGCUAGUUACACACUGGAACUUCUGGCAGUACUGCAAAUACUAUAUCAUUUUGAUCACCACAACUGUGCAGCAAAGGUACAGUUCUACCCUUUGCACAACCUGGCAUGAAGUACAUAUUGCUGAGGCCACAGACGUUUUGUUACUUGUUCAGUUCUUGUCCAGCACCUUUACGUAACAUGUUAUUUAUCAGUCUGGGUAUGGGAGAGCAGCUUCCUGACUGUGCUUGUACUCUUGUCCUUUCCCAGUUGGCAGGCCCUCUGCUGGUUGCACUCACCCUUCCUUGGGGCCAUGCUUACCAGGUUGCACCUAUUUGGAAACUUUAGGGAAGGAAUCUUGUUCCCAUCACUACCUCUGUCCCACUGAAUGCAAGCCAUCCAGAACAUGUACAUGCAGAGUUACACAUUGGUGAAGGGGAGAACACUCAACAAAAUUGCAGCUCUGGGUUCUGAAUCAGUUUGGUUCUUACAUGCUCGCUGAUUAAAAUUUCUUGGUCAAAGUCCUGCUGUCUCUGUAGAGGUGAUGACUCUUUCUUCACCACAUUCUGUAGUCUUCCAUCUUUUCUUGUAGCCUCUUGUUUAAAAAAAAAAUCUGUUGUUGUGGUUUCAUACCGCCAUGGUUUUGAGGCUUGUGAUACAGAGGAAAAGGUGAAGUAAUUGGAACAGACAGAACAUUCUUCUAACACAUGCAUUUAUCAGCAUGGGUAUCUUUGAUGCACUGUCUGUCCUGAUGACGUUCAGUGGAUUUGGCUACCAAUAAAGACAGUUGUUGCUUCUGUUUGUCUUGGCUAAAACAUCUUUAUGUGGAAAAAAUGACCACAGUUACCUGUUCACCCCAUGAAUUUCAAGGUUUGUGUUACUCUUUUGUAAUUCUGUAUCUUGAGCCAUAACUGAUGUUACCAUUUUUAAACAAAUGUGGUUUGAUGUAGGAACUCUACAGCAGUUGCAAAAAGUAAAUCCCCAAAUGCUUUUUCUCCUACUAAUGACCCUGCACAAUGAAAUGUGAAUCUUUUUGCUUAAGAAAUACAGUUCUAAAUACUUCUCUUAGCCUUUAAAAAUAAAGUAUGGUUUUGAAAAACACA